AUGCAGGUCCCAAUGAUCUCCUGCCCGCUCAAGCAGACCAACGAAAUCGACUGGAUAGCGCCCCUCAAGCACCACAUCCGCAACCACUACCAAGACGAUGCCGAACGCUACAACGAUGAAUGCGCCCAGCUCAACCGCCUCCGACAAGACAUGCGAGGAGCAGGCAAGGACAGCGCGGCGGGAAGAGACCUUCUAUACCGAUACUACGGUCAGCUAGAACUGCUCGAUUUGAGAUUUCCCGUCGACGAGAACCAUAUCAAGAUCAGCUUUACCUGGUUCGAUGCCUUUACACACAAGCCCACAAGUCAAUUCUCAUUGGCCUAUGAGAAGGCGAGCAUCAUAUUCAAUAUCUCUGCUGUGCUGUCUUGCCAUGCGGCCAAUCAAAAUCGACAUGAGGAUACGGGGUUGAAGACGGCGUAUCAUAGUUUCCAGGCCAGUGCGGGAAUGUUCACGUACAUCAACGAGAACUUCUUGCAUGCACCUUCGACCGAUUUGAGUCGAGAGACAGUCAAGACCUUGAUCAGUAUCAUGCUAGCACAGGGCCAAGAGGUGUUCAUCGAGAAGCAAGUCGUAGACAAGAAGAAGCCGGGUCUGAUUGCGAAGCUCGCAGCUCAGGCGGCAUAUCUGUAUGCGCAAGCCGUAGAAGGUGUGCAGGAAAAUGUGAGCAAAGCUGUAUUUGAGAGGGUGUGGCUACUUGUCACGCAGAUCAAGCAGCAUCAUAUGGCGAGCGUUGCGCAGUACUAUCAGGCUGUGGCAGAUUACGAGGCGAACAAUUAUGGACAGGCGAUCAGUCGACUGAUGGCAGCUCAGACGGCUGUGAAAGAAGCGAGUAGGCUGGCCAACGCCUUUCCCGGAAGUGUGCCGGCGACCAGCAAUCUAGGCUCAGAGACAGGAACGAUACUCGCGGACAUGACGAAGAAACAGCAAGAGAGCAUUGUGGAGCUGCUCGCCGAGUACAAUCGGGACAAUGACAUGAUCUAUCAUCAGCCUGUACCAUCAGAGACGAAUCUGCCGAGCAUACCGAAGCUACCUGCUGCGAAGGCGAUUCCCGUAUCUGAGCUGUAUCAAGGACAAGAUAUCCAGCGGAUCAUUGGGCCUGAUAUAUUUCAGCGGAUUGUGCCCAUGUCCGUCACAGAAAGUGCGAGCUUGUAUGAUGAGGAGAAGGCGAAGAUGAUACGCGCCGAAGCUGAGCGAGUAGAGACUGCCGACAGCGAAUUGGCAACAUCGUUGGACUACCUUAAACUGCCAGGAAGCCUGAACAUCCUUAAAGGCGCCGUUGACCAGGAUUCGAUGACAGUCGAUGAUGACUUCAGGAACUGGUGUACGGAGCUGGCUGGUCACAACCCGUUCGGACCAGUUUUCGAUCAACUACGCGAAGAUAAGCAGACGAUCUUGUCAACUUUGGAUAAUAGUCUAAAGCAACUGGAUAUGGAAGAGUCAGUGUGCGAAAAGAUGCGAAGCAAGUAUGGGCCGGAAUGGACGCAGCAACCUUCGAGUCGACUAACACAAACACUGCGCACCGACGCAAGAAGCUAUAAGUCUGCUGUGGAAGAAGCUUCGACAAGUGAUGCGCAGCUGUACGGCACAUACAGGCAGUAUGAGUCUGAUAUGGAUGAGAUGCGAUCGGCAGGCGAAACUGAUGAGGCUGAUGUGCUCUAUCAGAGAGCGAUGAUCAAAGCUGGAGCUGGCAAGAAGGGCAUACAAGGUCCUGCUGCUUUUGAUGAAGGCAACCUUCUCGACGACGACUUCGCGGACGACAGUCAGCAGAGUGUCGCGGAGCAGAUCGAGAGGGUAGAGGCUCUGAUCAGCAAGCUUCAGCUCGUAAAGCGAGAACGAGCGCAAGUGCUGAAGGACUUGAAGGAGAAGAUACAUAACGACGACAUCUCGAAUGUUCUGAUGCUCAACAAGAAGGCUAUCACGAACCAGGAGAGUCAGCUCUUCAAGUCCGAGCUCGAGAAGUUUCGCCCUCACCAGAAUCGCAUCUUGCAAGCAGUGCACAAGCAGUCGUCUCUUAUGAAGGAGCUCACUCGCACAUAUAGCGAACUGCUUCAAGACAAGCGAGUCAAAGGCGAACAAAACAAGUACGAAGCCUUUUCACGGCAACGGAACACGGUCUUGAGCAAAUAUCGGAAGGUCUUCCAAGCAUAUAAAGAUCUCCAAGCAGGUCUGUCGCGAGCACAGCAAUUCUACGACGAAAUGAAGGAGACAGUGGACAGCCUGAAAAAGAACGUUGACUCCUUCGUCGAAAAUCGUCGUUCUGAAGGUGGACAACUCCUCAGCGCAAUCGAAGCUUCAAAAGGCAGCGGCGCAGAUCGAGAACAAGCCCGUCUGAAAGAGCUCAUGGAACGCAUGAGCGUCAGUCCCAACAGCCAGCAAUCUUCUGGCUCGCCCAUGCCAGGCUUCAGCGGCGCUGGUCAGAGAGACUCAUCACAACGUCCUCCUGCGCUCCAACCUCAGACUUCCUAUGGUCAUCAGCCUCAGCAACCCCUCUACAACCCAGCUGCCAGCCCGCCCAUCACACCUCGCUACCAACCUCCGAAUGGCAGCAACAUGCAGUCUUCGGUCCCAGCUCCUUACCCAUACCAACAAACAGCAAACUACAAUCCUAACCAGUACGGCGCGCCUCCCAUGCAAUCACCCCCCGCUCAUCAACAGUACUUCUCUCCCCCUCCGAAUCACUACCAACAGCCACCGAGCACGACACAAUAUAGCCAACAUCAGCAGUACUCCGGUAACGGUGUGCCGCAAGGCUGGCAACCUCCUCCACCUCCCCCUGGCCCGCCGCCAAGUAAUCAGAAUCAGUAUGGUCAACAUCAGCAUCAGCAACAGAGUGGAGGAGAUCCUUGGGCUGGACUCGCGGGGUGGAAGUAAAGCGUGUUUGAGCGUUCGGUUUGGGAUGCAUGCAUGUGUUUGAGAUGUGUUUUUUGGAGUGGAGCACUGUAGCAUGAUUGUACAGCGAGCAUUUGACAGUGAGUGGCAUUUUACUUACGUACCUUAGGAAUGAGACAAAAUAGCAGUCAGGUAUCUUC